AUGAAUGGCGAAGACAUUGGCUCCCGUGACGUGGAAAUAAUCGUGGCCACCCUGUGGCUCCUGUCUAUGGGAGUAGUGCUGAUCGACACGCUCGUGCACACGCUCCAGUCACUCGUUCUGCAAGUUCGUGGACGGGAUAAGGGUGGCGGAGUUGCGGUUCUCCUGGCUGCAGCAGGUGCUUCAGACAUUAUCAAUACGAGCAACGUCGUGGAAGGGUGCAGGGGCUGUUGGUAUCUCGACGAUAUCAAAGAGUGGCAUCUUGAGCGUCGUGAGUUGCACCAGCGCGCAGCGGACCGCAUCAGCGGCCGUUGGGCCAUGGAAGUUCCUGGUGUUGAGGGCUAUGCGGAGCAGUUGUCAACAGACCAUACGGCGGCAAUAGACUCCGAGAGAGCCGCUGGAAGGCUCGCCGGGCAGCUGGCGCAGGCAGAAGCUGGAGAGAGCUUGGUUGCGAUCGAUGUGGACACCCAAGGGGACAACCUGUACCGCGCGCUACUGAACCGUGGCCGUGAGCACUACUGGGUCAUGACAACUGAUCGGUUGUCGCUUGGCGGGGGACCGAUGCUGGAACCGAGGGUGUUGGCACUUGAGCACCUUCAUACGCACAGGCGUGCAUGCAAGUGGGACAAGAACAAUGACGAGAUGACGGUGCGGAACAGUGUUCUUCAAUGGUACCGGGCCAGGGCAACUGCCUCAGCGGCAAGCGUACGCGGGGUACUUGGUAGGGCGAGGAGUGCAGUGCUUGCAGCAGGAGCUACCCCGUCCACCGUACUCCUGAGGGCUGCUCGAGCCACUGACCAAAUCGACGCGUCUUGGUGGGGCAGGUGUGUAGACCUUCGAAAGGCGAUCAGGGCCGGGGCAGCUACCUUCCAGCUGCCGGGCAUCAGCGAGGCCUCUGACAUGCGGCAGCGCGUGGAUGCGCAUCUCUGUUGGAUGCGCUUAGGGCAGGGCAUGCCAUUGACUGUGCGUGCCACCGCAGACGCGUUCAUGACUUCAACGGCGAAUAUCGCUUCACACCCUGGGGGUGGCGGCGCGGGCCACCCAGGUGCAAACCUCAUGGCUUCUUGCUGGGCCCGUUCAUCGAGAGCGGGACUAGAUGGCCUCAAGCACAGAAACGACUGGAGAGACGUCACGCUUGAGGUGUAUGGGACGACCGAAAAUCGGUGCGUUGAGGUGCGACCAGAUGGCGAGGAAGUCAUAGGCCUUGUGGAUGCCCUCGAAUUCAAGGGCGCCGGUGAGAACGUUGGUGGGAUGCAUGCUGAGUUGUGGUACAACUUGCUUGUUGUCGACCGCGUAGCAGUGAUGGACAGGGUCCUGCGCGAUCAGAGUAUGCAGGUUGACACCUCGACACUGUACUACCUGGGAAUGGAAUACCUGGGUUUGCUCAGAGUAGCGACUCGAAGGGCCGGCAGGCAUUUUAUCCGUGUUGUGGUCCCACUCGCCGGGUUUGAUGUGACAGCGUUCCUUGCGGAUGGUGAUGGCUCAGACGGGUCCAUUGCAGGGCUUCAGGUGAAGGCGAUGCAGGCACUUGGCAAAGAAGUAUGGACCAGGGUUGUCAGCGCUCUAGGGGAAGAAUCUGUACGGCGCUGGUACGAUCGUCAAUCCUUGCUCCCAUCUGUUUCUCGGACGCAUAUUGUAUAGGCGCCGGUGCAGCACAGCAAGCAUGUUCUGGAAUGAAAACCAUUGCGAAACACGACGGAUAUAUUGUAGUCCAGAAUCGAGUACGGGACCUCCCGAGCUCGUUUCCUUAAUUUCCUUAAACUGAUCGAUUCACGGUGCUCAAGGAAGGACGGAUGCGUAUGGGCCUUGACAGAAUAGUUCGUUAUUGUUUCGGUUGCUCGUCUGUACACGGAGCGGUGGUCGCUACAGUAGUACCAUUUCAGAACAAGGGAGCCGGCGUAGGGUAGUUUAUCACGGCAACAUGGGCUCGUUCGAUACUACUCGGCGUACGCAGUUGUCCGCGUGAUGUCCACGUAGCAUCGUUUCCAUGUGGAUGAUAGCACCCAUUAGUGUUCCACCGAUUCCCUCUUGAAUCCGAGCGUUCACAACAAGCUAUUGUACAAUCAGAAUUGUGGGUUGGGAAACACCUUUCGUUGCACCUCUUGCAGUAAACAGAGAAUAAGGUUCACCCCGAAUUUUUCUGGGAACGAAGAUUAGCGGGAAAGGGAUGCUUUUGCUUUUGGGUGAGCCACUUUCGACGUCAAAUAGGUCGAUGGAAUUGGAAAACGUGUUUCACCGUGUCGAUUGCCCUACAUCCUAGGCCAAACCCUCAUGACCGACAAUUGUUUGGGUUCGGUUGGGGUCGUUCGGGAGAUCUUUUCGGCCGCCUUCGUCGAUCGAUCGCGCCGCCGUUUUCCGUCACCGCCGUUUUCCGUAGCCGUCGAUCUCCCUCGCCCUUGUAGUUUAUAGUACAUUUCUCACCAUGAAGGACCCGUGGUGCGCCAUGUGUGAGUUUUGAAAAUAUGUUGGUGAUUCACCAUGAUUUACCAUGAGGCCACAUAACAUUAAUUUCUCAUUGUUAGAUAACUGUUGGUACUGCGCACGUAAUCUUUUCCAUGAACCUCGUGGUGGUGCACCAUGGUGCACGACAACCACCAUGACUUCUGGCGUGUAUCACUGCUUUUCUGACAUGAUAAGCUCUGCUGAGGUACGUGGUGUCUUC